AUGAAUAAUGUCAAUACUGACCUUUCUAAUUUAGUAGAAAUCUAUCGUGAUAACAAUUUGUGUUGCGUAGCUGAUGAAGAAAUCGCUGCAAAAUUUAAUCAACUUACUGAUUAUGAGCGUGAUAACAUAAUAAAAGACAGUAUUAAGAAAGAAGAUAGUAAAUCCGAGUUUCGUCCGGAAAAUUCCCUAUCAUUAGGAUGCGGUCUUGAAGGAACAACUGGGUUUGCAGGAUCUGGAAACAGAAGUAUCGGUGCAAAAUGGGUAACAAGACUUGAAUUUAGAAAUGUAUCUAGUGGAGAAUUUUUCUUACAGUCGAGAUUAACUGAGUUAAUUAUCGAUUUUAACUAA